UCCUUGAAGGAAUUCGAAGGAAAACCGAAGGUCAGUUAUGUUACGGUGUUUGAGCGCCCCGGGUUGCAAGAAUUCCUGAAUCAAAUUAGUGAAUUUGCUCAACUUGUACUAUUCACUGCUGGCCUUGAAGGCUAUGCAAGACCGCUUGUGGACAGAAUUGAUAAAGAAAAUCGAUUUAGUCUUCUACUUUAUAGGCCCUCUACGAUUUGUACCGAGUAUCAGGAGCAUGUGAAAGACCUUUUGUGCCUAUCGAAGAACUUAUGCCGAACCGUUAUUGUAGACAACAAUCCUUUCAGUUCCUUGUUGCAACCACUAAAUGGGAUUCCAUGCAUUCCGUUUUCCGCAGGACAGCCACAUGAUACGCAGCUUCUGGAUGUCCUCCCUCUUCUCAAGCACCUUUCUCUGCAAAAAGAUGUGAGACCAGUUCUUUACAAUAGGUUCCACAUGCCCGAAUGGUUUCGAAAGCACGGUAUCCCUGCUUCUGGUUGGUCAGAGUAGGAGAAAGCUCAUACGCAGGGCCUCCGACUCUUCCAUGUACGUUCUUUACGUUACCGAUCUUUGUCCAAAGGCAUCAUAAAUUUUAUUGAUAGCAUCUGAAUCCUUGUCGUGCCGAUCAGACCGAGAGUCAGCGGAGUCUUACAAACGGAUUGAUCGGAUGCUAUCUCGUAUUUGUAUUAGUUGAUCCAUUUAUGUAUUUACAUCCACAAAAGAAAAUCCUUGAUUCUUAGUGCAACUCUA